CCAACUCAACAGUUCUGUUUGUAUCGUAGUUAAGAGAGGAUCAUCGUACAACGAAAUCCAAGAUUGAGAAGAGAGAGUGAUUUAUUUGUAAUUAAAUAUUAAUAAUAAUAAUAAUCAAUGGAGAAUGUGUGUGAAAUACCAAAAUACGUGUUAUUCAACGAUGAGGAGAAAAAAUUGGCGGAAAAACAUUUUCCGGCAUCUACUAGAGGUUUUAUAAGAAUUGGUGAAAAAAAAUGGACUAUGCCCUAUAGAUUUCUCGAAGGAGGAAGCGCAGUGUAUAAUUCAAAGCCUCGCCCAGAUGAUACUUGGGUCGCUUCUUUCCCGCGGUCAGGCACCACAGUGACAUUGGAACUGGUUUGGUUGGUCGCGAACAACAUGAACUUCGAGGAAGCGAAGACACGAAGCCUGCAUCAUAGAUUUCCAUUCUUCGAGCUUGACAUAUUAACUGGCGAUUACGAUGAUAGUCUAACUAGUCAGACGGGUAAGGAAAUUGUAAGAUUGAAUCCAGAAUUUUCCGAUAAAUUACCAUCUCCAAGAUUCAUCAAAACCCAUAUGCCGUUUGAGUUAUUGCCCAAUCUUCUGGAUACUGGAUGCAAGGUCGUCUACGUUGCACGUAAUCCAAAAGACGUAGUGGUGUCUUGGUAUCACUUCCUACAGCUUAUCAAAGGUUUAGAAUACCAAGGAAGUUUUGAGGAAUUCUGUGAAUACUUUAUGAAGGAUUUAACUAAUUAUUGCCCCUAUUGGACGCAUUUAAAAGAUGCCUGGGCUGAAAGACAUCGUUCGAACUUAUUAUUCAUUUUCUACGAAGAGAUCAUUAACGACCUGCCAAAUGUUAUUAAAAAGGUGGCAAAGUUUUUUGGAAAAUCCUAUAGUGAAGAGGAGAUUUUAAAACUAGUUGAUCAUCUUCAUAUAGAUAAUUUUCGUAAGAAUCCUAUGGUGAACGUACCAUCGCUUAAUCCGGACGAAACCGUAAAACCAAAUAAUUUCAUACGAAAAGGAAAAGUCAAAGGAUGGAAAGAUUUUUUCACAGACGAAUUUGAAGCAAAAUACGAUGCUUGGGUUAAAGAAAAUAUGAAGGACACCGAUCUCACUUUUCCAAUAAAUUUCAUUGAAGAAAAGUAAAAGGGUUGCUUUAAAAUAUAAACUUUUCCUUCGACAACACAAUUAUUAUAUAUAUAUAUAUAUAAAUGUUGAUAAAAUAUUUGCUUUGGAUUUUUAUCAACGGAAUGAAUCAUUUCUCUCAUGGAAAAAGUUACGGAAUAAUCUUAAAUUUAGGGGGGUAACCAAGGCGGAAAUUGAGCGGAGAUCUUGCUCGGUUCGUCCGGAUAUAAUACAAAGUAGUCCAAUAAAUCAUGCUUGCCCCUAUCAUAAUCGAAUCCUGUUUUCUUGAAAAAAUGUAUAAAAAAAAAGUGUCUUUUGAAAUAAUAUAACUUUAAUGCAAUAAUAAACAAAUGUUCUUUUUUUUACAUCAAUAAAAAAAUAA